CUAGAGAAGCAAAUGUUAAUGUAGUCCGUCCAAUGGCACCCGAAAAGGUUGAAAUCUUCAAAUCCAUGGAGGACUGGGUCAAAAGCGACAUCUUAACUUUGCUAAAACCUGUUGAGAAAGCUUCGCAACCACAAGACUUUUUGCCAAAUCCUACCUCAGAUGGAUUCGCCGAGCAAGUCAACGAACUCAGGGAACGAACAAAGGAGAUUCCCGACGACUACUUUGUUGUCUUCGUUGGUGAUAUGAUCACGGAAGAAGCCCUUCCCACCUACCAAGCACUUAUCAAUGGCACCGAGAUAUUUCACGAUGAAACGGGUAGCGAUAACACACCUUGGGCAACAUGGGCAAGGGGAUGGAGCGCAGAAGAAAACAGGCAUGGCGAUCUUCUCAACAAAUAUCUUUACCUUUCCGGACGAGUGGAUAUGAAACAAAUCGAGAAGACAACACAUUAUCUGAUUGGGUCGGGAAUGGAUGUCGGCACCAGGACAAGUCCCAGCUUUUUAACUAUCUACACAUCGUUUCAAGAAAGAGCAACAUUCAUCUCCCAUGGUAACACAGCCAAGCUUGCCAUGAAGCACGGGGACGAAAAGCUUGCCCAAAUAUGCGGCACAAUUGCCGCCGACGAGAAGCGCCACGAAAUUGCUUAUACCAAAAUAUCGGGGAAGCUUUUUGAGCUUGAUCCAAAUGGAACUGUCGUGGCCUUCGCCGACAUGAUGAGGAGGAAAAUAUUAAUGCCUGCCCACUUGACGUACGACGGCCGUGACGAAAAUCUUUUCGACAACUUUGCAAAUGUUGCCUCUCGAAUUGGCGUGUAUACUGCCAGGGACUAUGGAGAAAUAUUGGAACAUUUGGUGGCGAAAUGGAACGUGGAGAAACUGAGUGGACUCUCGAGUGAGGGGAGAGAAGCCCAGGAUUAUGUAUGUGGAUUAGCUCAGAGACUGAGAGGGCUAGAGGAAAGAGCUCUUGCUAGGGCUAAGAAAGCACCCACCGUUUCUUUCGAUCAGCUGGAUUUCGAGUAGAGGGGUGAAGCCAUAGAGCUGGAAGCAAAAAGAAAAAAAAAAAAAAAAUCUAUUCUGCAAUAUGUUAGAGAAGUUAUCAAUCUUUCACUUAAUUGGAGUUUGCAAUAAACCAAAUAUUCCCUUCUUUGUAUUUUCUCAUAUUACAGUCAUUUUUACUUAAUUAAUUGGAGUCCAGUUCGAAACUACUUAAUUAGGAAAAA